AAAAUCAAUAUCCCUAAACUUAAAUACGAAGUCGAUAAAAACAUCAAGAAAACUAAAAUCCAACAAUUAAUUCCAAGCCACAAAAUCAAUACAACAAUAAAAUUAAAGAAUCCCUUCUCCCCAAAAAAAUAAAAAUAAAGAAUCCCUAAUUAAGUCAAAACGCAGCGUCGCUCGUCUUCACGCUCAAUUCUCAGAACAUCUGCGCCAAGCUUCUUCUUCACAGAUUUCUCCUCCAAGGCUUCUUCUUCUUCUUCAUUACGCUCAUGAGCAAGUGUUUGUGUAUUUCCAAGUUGACUUGAUGGAUACAGUAUUGUCCACUUUCGAAACUGCUGUUAAGUCCAUCACAGAUUGGGUUGCUUUAGCUUUUGAUACCCCGUAUGCUCGAGCUGUUGUCUUUGGAGUACCAAUUAAAGGACAUCUUCUUGUGGAGGGCCUUCUCUUAGUUGUAAUUCUUUUUCUUCUGUCCCAAAAAAGUUACAAGCCUCCAAAAAGACCACUGACAAAGAAGGAAGUAGAUGAGUUAUGUGAUGAAUGGGUCCCAGAACCCUUAAUUCCCUCUAUUACUGAAGAAUUGAAGUACGAGCCUCCAGUAUUAGAAAGUGCUGCUGGACCACAUGCUGUAAUUAAUGGUAUAGAAGUUGUGAACUUCACAUCAGCAAAUUACCUUGGUCUUCUAGGGCACGAUAAAUUGCAAGAAUCAUGUACCAAGGCAUUGGAGAAGUAUGGUGUUGGUUCUUGUGGUCCUCGUGGAUUUUAUGGGACAAUUGAUGUGCACCUAGAUUGUGAGGCUAGAAUAGCAAAAUUUCUUGGAACUUCUGAUUCGAUACUUUAUUCUUAUGGACUUUCCACGAUGUUUAGCAUCAUUCCAGCAUUCUGUAAGAAGGGUGACGUCGUUGUCGUAGAUGAGGGUGUCCACUGGGGAAUUCAGAAUGGCCUCCACCUCUCUAGAAGCACAAUUAUUUAUUUCAAACACAAUGAUAUCAAGUCUUUAGAGAGUAUUCUGGAAAGUGUUACCCAUGAGAACAAACGAGCUAAGAAAGUCAGACGGUAUAUCAUUGUAGAAGCUGUCUAUCAGAAUUCUGGUCAAAUUGCUCCAUUGGACGAAAUCAUCAAAUUGAAGGAGAAAUAUCGGUUCCGUGUUAUACUAGAUGAAAGCAAUUCUAUUGGAGUUCUUGGAAGUUCCGGUAGAGGUCUCACUGAACAUUGCAAAAUUCCAGUUGAGGAGGUAGAUAUUAUCACUGCAGCGAUGGGACAUGCGUUGGCCACUGAAGGAGGGUUUUGCACUGGAAGUGCUAGAGUGAUUGAUCACCAGCGUCUCAGUAGUUCUGGUUAUGUAUUCUCUGCUUCUUUGCCUCCUUAUCUGGCAAGCGCUGCAAUCACUGCAAUUGAUAUUCUGGAAGAAAAUCCUAAUCUUAUCACCAAGUUGGAAGAGAACAUAGCAACUCUGCGUAAAGGUUUAUCUAAUGUGCAAGGCCUUGAGAUAGUCAGUGAUCCAAAAUCGCCAAUAGUUUUUCUGAAACUGAAGAAGUCCGUAGGAUUCUUGAAGGGAGAUCUUCAAGUGCUUGAAGAUCUUGCCAAUCAUUUAUUGAAGGAACAUGCUGUUUUUGUUGCAACUUCAAAAAGAUCGAUACUGGACAAAUGCAAGCUACCUGCUGGAAUUAGAUUAUACGUGUCUGCUGGUCAUACAAAAAUCGAUCUGGAGAAAGCCUGUGAAGCAUUCAAGAAAGCUACUGCCCUUGUAUAAGCAGGUCAAUGACUUCAUUUUCUGGAAUUUGGUUUAAUGAAGAGAUACCGGAAUGCUUCUGUUGUUAGAGCCUCGAGACGACGAAGAAGUUGCUUAAACGCGUCCACCGUGAUCAUUAGUGAUAAACUAAUUUUGGCGGUUGCAUCUGUGCGUGCUCGUGCUGUAAGAGGAUCUAGUUGAAAAACUUAGUCUGCUGGGAUCUCUAGAGAGCUCUUUGGUUAAAUUAUAUGGUGCUGUGUUUUUCUAAGCAUAAUUAUUGGAUUGCUUUAUAUGGGGAUAGAGAUGCAGGCUUGGUUUUGAUUUAUGUAUAUCAGAACGAUACCACAAGCUAAUAACUUGGAUCAACCUAUUUUAGACAUGUUUUGAAAUUAUUUAUUGAAUUCGCGGGUUAUUGUUUUGGUGAUUAAA